AUGGAACGUCACAAGGCCUCCCAGCCGCAGCAGCACUCGUCCAAGCAGCGCCUCGCCCUCGCCAUCUGCCACUUCCUCAACACGUCGGCCUCGGACGGCACCCUGACGCCCGACGACAAGGAGUCGGUCGACGUGGCGGUCAGCUGCAUCGCCGAGUCCUUCAAGGUCGACCCCGCCGACGACGCCGCAGUCCAGGCCGCCGUCGGCAACCAGUCGCUGCUGCAGAUUUACUCCGUCUACGACAAGCUCAAGGCCGCCGGUGGUGCUGACGCUGCCUCGUCGUCGUCCGCAGCCCCCGGCCAUGGCUCCGCCGCCGAGCCCGCAAACGAGCCCGAGCCCGAGCAAAAGAAGGAGGCAGAGUCGCUCAAGAGCAAGGGCAACGCCGCCAUGGCCCAAAAGGACUACCAGGCCGCUAUCGACCUGUACACGCAGGCCCUGCGCAUCCACCCCUCCAACGCCGUCUUCCUCUCCAACCGCGCCGCCGCCCACUCGGCCGCAAAGGACCACGCCGCCGCCCGCCUCGACGCCGAGGCCGCCGUCGCCAUCGACCCGGCCUACACAAAGGCCUGGUCCCGCCUCGGCCUCGCCCGCUUCGCCCUCGGCGACGCCCGCGGCGCCAUGGACGCCUACCAGCAGGGCAUCCGCCACGAGGGCAACGGCGGCUCCGACGCCAUGAAGAAGGGCUACGAGACGGCCAAGCGCCGCGUCGACGAGAUGCAGGCCGACGACGAGAGCGUCGCCCGCGGCGGCGCUGCUGCUGGUGCCGGUGCUGGUGCCGGUGGCUUGCCCGACUUUGGCGCCGGCGCCGGCGGCAUGCCCGACCUCGGCUCCAUCAUGAGCAACCCCAUGUUUGCAAACAUGGCCCAGAACCUCAUGAGCAACCCGGACCUCAUGAGCAACCUCAUGGGCAACCCGCGCCUGCGCGACAUGGCCAACCAGUUCACCAGCGGUGGCGGCAUGCCCGACUUUGGCAGCCUUCUGUCUGACCCCAACAUUGCAGACAUGGCGCGAAACAUGAUGGGCGGCGCGGGUCCCGGCGCCCCCGGCGGCAAUAACGCCGGUGGGAACAACAGCAAUAACAACAACAACAACAACAACAACAACAACAACAACAACAACACCCCGCCAUCUUAG